GGCGAGAGCGCCGGGAUGGAGGUGAAACGCAAGCGGGACAGCCAUGGCCUCAAGAUGGCCUCAGUGGUGCCUGCGGGCACGGAGGUCACCCGCCAGGGUGCGGACGGAGGGAAGAGAGGACGCAUCAUGGUGGUGAAGCCGGUGGCCAAAGCCUACAUCCUCUCUGGGCAUAUGAUGUCCAGUAUGGCCUUUGGUGACUUCCUCCUUCGGAAGAAGUGGCCGAUGGCAGUCGCAAUUAUCUUGGCGCUUGUGCUUCAUGUGCUGGACUUCUUCGGCACCUGCUACGAGAUCAUCGAGGUUCAGGUUCAGAACGACCAGCCAGUGGUGCUGGCAGCGGUGCCUACACAGCUCUCUGCGGCCUUGUCAGUUGUUUGUGUCGCCGCCUUUUCUGUCGCACUCCUGGGUAUGCUGACGCGCGUACACAGCCAGCUGCUGUGGAUGACGCUGCGAACCUUUGAUCCUUGGGCCAUCAUUGCGUGUGCGAUGCGCGGCUGGGCGUCCCGUUCCUUCUCCCGGCACUCUGUUCACAUCGGCAUGGAAAGGGAUCUCUUUGCGUCCUAUUAUGUGGCCCAUGUGCUGGACCUCGUAGUGAUUCUCCAGUUCUCCUUUCUGAUCAUUUUGGCCGAAGCGGCGGAUGUGCCUAAGCAGCUGAAGCGGGUCUGCGUGGCGGUGUGCUUCAUCUACUGCUCGCUGAUCACGUUGGGGGCCCUCUUCUGUCCCGUGAUCCCCGACUGGGACCCUCAGAGUGAGGUACAGUUCCUCUUCUUCGCGUCCAUGACGCCGAAGAGCCAAUUCAUCAGCGCCUACGGCACCAUGGCAGUGCUGCUGACCAAGGCGGUGGUGAGCACCAUCUUCCAGAAGCACGCCUUCAUGUACCUGCGGUGUCACUACCAGUACUGCAUGGACCAACUGGAUGCCUCCUUCGCCCAGCUGGCGGUGUCCGACCCCAUGGCCAUCACAUACUCGGACUUCCGCUUGGCCCUCCAGGAGAUGGGGGUGUCGGAGAGCCACAUCUUUGCAGGCUUUAAUGUGCUGGACGUCGAGCAAGAUGGGCGCGUGUCCCUGCACAGCUUCCGAAAGAGCUUGAUGGACGUCUUCGCAGAAUUCCCGGACGCGUCACACUCGGCCUUGCUCAGCAGAUUCUGCCAAGAUGCAUUCAACCAGGCCUCUGGCUAUAGCUCGCUCGACAGUAUGUUUGGCACUGUUCUGAGUGGAUGGCGACGCAUCAAGCUGGAGGAAUUCGGGGAGUCUAUGUAUAAUAUGCUCACGCAGGACCCUGCUCUGGCCAAGCUCUUUCGGAGAGACAAGGUGCGGACUCAAGCCCUGCUCUUCGCAGCGUUCGUUCAAGUGGCCUUGAGCUGGCUCGAGGAGAAGGACUUCAGAAGGAUCGAGAGGGAUAUGACGUCCCUGGGUUUGCGUCACAGAGCAUACGGUAUCCAGCCCUCCUACAUUUGCUUGUUCCAGAUCGCGCUGCUGCAAACGCUGAGCACAAAGCUGUCGGGCCUGUCUUUGCACGCGGAGAUCGCCUGGAGCGUAGUGUGGAGCCAUUUCGUGGUGGCUCCGUUCUUAAGUGGCCUCGUAGACGUGGAGAGCGCGCGGCCUGGGCUGUAUUGCACCGUGAAGACUCUGCUGCAAGAAAGCAGCAAGGCGGAGGGCUUUAUCGAGGCCUUGGAGACGAAUUUGAACCAAGUCCCCGGAGGCCAGAGCAAUUGGCUGGAGCUCUUUCGGGAUGCAGGCCACAUGACCAGCCAUUUGGCCAUGCUCCAGGGCUUCAUCUUGCGGAUUGCCGAGGACUUGGACGCGGGCAACUCCUUGAAGGCCCGGCAGAUGAUUCGAUCGGUGGCGCAGAUCCACUGGGACCGCGGGGUGGUGCCCAGGCAUAUGCUCACCUUCCAGCACGCAAUGUCGCAGACAUUUCAUGAAGUGCUGGGUCCGCACGUCUUCACUCACGCAGCUGAAUCCCGGUGGGCCGUGUUCAUGCAGACCGAGGUCUUGGAGGUCAUUUUGCUGGCGCCCUUCGCGGAAACCCAAGAUCGGGUGGAGGAGUGGGCCUCCAUGUGCCCCCAGUACGUGGACAAGAAAAGCUGGAACGCCUUGAUGAGGCAAGCCUACAUCGAGGGCGCUGUGGCAGACUUGGGCUUCCAACGGCUGCGCAUGGAAUCUGGCAAAGAUACGGACGUGACGCCUGGCGACGUGGUCAAAACAUUUUGCGAUGAGAGUAUGCAGCAUCCCUCCUGGACCUUCGAGAAAGUCGCGGAGAACUAUUGCAAAACUCCGCCCGAUUCUUUGUACUUCUUAGAGUGAGGCAACCGCCGAGGGAGUGAGGCAACCGCCUAGCACCGACCAGUCUUGGCAGCUUCAAGGCUCCGCUGCUUGCAAGGCACCAAUGUCUCAGCCAAUUCCUCAGCCACUGAUACUUGGCAAGUUGAACCGAGAUACGUUGGCCCUUGUUGGCAAAGUGAGUCGUAGCCAGUGAGCCAGGUUUUAUUUGGGGCGCCCACAAAAGUGGCCUGUCCGUUGACCGUUCUUGUGCAGACCUGGAACCUCCUUCGGUUCAACACACUGACUUCACC